UUUUGUACUUCUCGGUCUCCCCAUUCCUCUCUAUUUUGAAAAGUUUCCGUUUCUUGUGAUUAUCUUCCAGAUGUUGUAGUUUUGUGUGUUUAUCUUUUUCUAUACUCAAAAAGGCUUUCCUUAUCAAAUUUCAGAGACAGACAUGGGACUGCAGGAUCUUCAUCUCAAGCUCAAGGCAUUCAGGCUGAAACGCUUUCUGAUAGGAGAUGGCGGGAGCACCAAAAGAGAGCCUCAGACUACAAGGAAACCUUCAUGGAUGAUACCAGUAUCGCACGGGUAUUAUGUCGUCGAGGAUCAAUCAUACAGAACUGGUUCAGGGGAGUCCGAGUCUGACUCAGUCGUGGUACAGAGAGAGCAAAUCGAAGAGCUUGAGCUGUGGUUUUUCGGAGUUUUCGAUGCUCAAGUUGGAGAUGGAGUUACCAAGUACAUGCAAUCCCAUUUGUUUAACAGGAACCUCAAAGGGUCUCAGAUAAGAAGAAAGAGCAAGGAGACAAUGAGAAAGGCGCUCCUUGGUGCAAGAGCAAAGGUAAGAGAAACGCAGAAAGAAGAGGAGACAUUGAGAGUGGGGUCAGUAUCAGUGUUGGUAACCAAUGCAGAAAAGCUGGUGACAGCUUACAUGGGAGACUAUAGAGCUGUUGUCUGCAGAGAUGGUGUGGCUCAUCAGAUCAGCAGCACCGCCCACCAAUCAUCCAAAAGACAUUGGCCUCGCAGACUCAUUUCAGUACGCAUAUUUGGAUACAGUUUGGGCAAAUCUGCAGGCAGUAAACAAACCAAAAGCUCUGAGCUUGUCGUUGGUUCUGAAAGAAUUGAUUCCAGUACUGAAUUUGUCGUCUUGGCAAGCACUGGCAUAUGGGAGGUUAUGAAGAACCAAGAGGCCGUGAAUCUCAUCAGGCACUUAGAAGACCCACAAGAAGCAGCUGAGUGCUUGGCAAAGGAGGCUUUAACCAGAAUGAGCAAAAGCAAUGUUUCUUGCUUAAUCAUUCGUUUUGACUAAUUGCUACCAUUUUCCUAAUUGCAGAGAUUUUUAAAAAGUUUUUCCGGGGAUUUUUUUUUUUUUUUACUGCAACUUUUUUGCUAGAUGCGCAAUGAGAGUUUGCUUUAUAGUAUAAAU